UUAAAAAGAAUAAUAAAAGAAAACCUGAAGUGAUUAAUUAUCAGAAUAUAAACAAAAUAAAUAUUAUAAUGAAUCAGAGAUCAAGGUACGCGUUUCUAUUGCGGAGUGAAUAUUCGAUGUGGAAGUAAAUGGAUUAGUGAUAAAAUAGGUGAUUAUAACUGCUCUCUACUAGUUUUUCUAUAAAUAAAGUGAUUGUGUCAAUAGAAAUAUACACUCUGAUGCAUAUUUGCAAACAUGAAAGUAGAAGUAACAGAUGGGUUAUGCAGGAUUCAAUCUGUAGAUCGUGCUAGAAAAAUACCAAGUUUAAAUUACUUGUUUGAUAAAUCUACUAAAGUUUAUGAUCGUAUGAAAGGAGCUAAUACGUUUGUUAAUUGGGCAUUCGAUAUGGUGGAAAAUGUUGUAAAUACUGUUAUUGAGAAGUCAUUACCGGUCGCUAGAUUAAUGGAAAAGCCUAUUUAUACUUUGGAUAAGACCUUGUGUCUGGGUUUAGAUUUUAUGGAAUUUAAACUGCCUAUAAUCAAAGAAGAGCCUAAAGAGAUAUUAGAUAGGACCAAAUCGAUAGUCACAAAUCAUCUACGACCAGCUGUAAAAACAUUUUCCAAUCUUAAACACGAAACAAAACAAAAAGUUAGAAUCAUGAUUUUACUUACUUAUUAUAAAGCACAUUACUUACGUUUAUAUAGUUGGCAACAAGCAGACAGAGUCAUGUCCACUGAAACGGGAAUCAGUAUUCUAAAAACUGUGGAUAAUACGACACAUCUCGUAGAAUUAAUAUUAGAUAAGUACUUACCUGCAUCACAUGAAGAAAUUGAAGAGGACGCAGAAGAAUUAUGCAGUGAACAUGCCAAAUUACAUCAUACAAUGGAAAGACUUACCGAAUUUGGUAGUCGUACUAUUCGUCGUAUUUACCUUGCUUUAGUGGAACAUUCUCAACACAUGUAUAAAAUAGAGAUACUUAUAUUAAUAUUGUACGCUCUUAUUGUAAUUCAAACUAUGAAGGUGUUAGAAAUACUAUUUACUUUCAUAUUCAAAUUGUUUAGUAGUUAUGUAUACUUCUUUUUUCUAGGAUUUUUGCACAUAUUACAGUGGACUUAUUCGUAAUUUAAACAAAAUCACUUAUAUCAUAUAAUUAUAAGUAUUUUGUGUAAAAGCAUAUUUUACAUAGUCGACAAAAAUUUAAAUUGUGUUAAAUGAAAGAGCGUAAUUGAUUAUAGCUUUGCAAAUUAUUGUUUAUAUAAUAUGUUAAAAUGUUAUUUUCUUUUUAUUAU